AUGGCUGGAUUGGUUGGCACAGUAAAGAGUGUCAUCUCUGGCGACACGGUUGUGCUUGCCAAUGCCAAAGGUGCGGAAAGAACACUGAGCUUGGCUUACAUCUCUGCUCCCCGACUCAAGCGUGAAGGCGAUGAAGCCUUCGCUUUCCAGUCGCGUGAGUUCAUUCGCAAGCUCCUCCUUGGCCAGCAGGUCAAAUUCGAUAUCCUGUACACGAUUCCCACAACAAAACGAGACUUCGGAAAGCUGGAGUUCAAGGAUAUCACGUUGCCAGACAAAAUCGUGGAAGAAGGUUGGGCCAAGGUUCGCGAGGAUGCAGGCAAGAAAGAGGACGAUGAGACCGCACUCGCCUACCUGGAUCACCUGCGGCAGCUCGAGUCACAAGCCAAGGCAGAUGGCAAAGGCGUUUGGGGCAAGGGCGGGCAGAUCGAGCUCUCCGAGGUCUCCAACCCGACUGCGUUGGUCGAACAGUACAAGGGCCGGAAGGUGAAGACCAUCAUCGAGAGAGUCCUCACAGGCGACCGCAUGAUCGCACGGCUACAGCUCACCCCAAACAAGCAUAUGCAGACCAUGCUGGUACUGGCUGGUAUACGCACGCCUGCCACAAAACGAACAACCGCUGAAGGCAAGAACGUCGAAGCCGAGCCUUUCGGGACUGAAGCACAUCGUUUCGUUGAGCAGAGGUUGCAUCUGCGAGAGGUGGAUGUCGAGUUGUUGGGCGUGACACCACAGAAUCAACUGAUUGCUACAGUCCUACAUCCACGAGGGAACAUCGCCGUCUUUCUCCUGCAGGAAGGUUUGGCCAAGUGUAACGAUCAGCAUGUAACCCUCCUGGGCAACGAUAUGGCACAACUGCGCAAGACCGAGACUGCCGCCAAGAACGCGCGCAAGGGCGUUUUCACAAGCACAGAUGCCGCCCGAGCGUCCGGCGUACAGGAUGCUGAUUUCACGGUUGCCAGAAUUCUCAACGCAGAGACUGUCUUCUUACGGACAAGAGCUGGUCAAGAGCAACAGUUCUCUCUAUCAAGUAUCCGUCAGCCGAAGCCAUCGGAUCCCAAACAAGCGCCAUUUGGAGCCGAGGCAAAGGAAUUCCUUCGCAAGAAGCUGAUCGGUAAGCAUGUCAAGGUCUCGGUCGAUGGCAAACGUCCUGCAUCAGAAGGGUUCCAAGAGCGUGAAGUGGCCACAGUGAUCUCAAACGGCAAGAAUGUUGCUUUACAGUUGGUCGAAGCUGGCUACGCGUCAGUCAUCCGGCACAGAAGAGAUGACACUGAUCGGUCGCCUGAAUACGAUGCUAUGCUACUGGCUGAAGAAGCUGCACAGAAAGAGGAAAAGGGCAUGUGGUCACAGAAGCCACCUGCCGCAAAAGGCCUCGUGGAUUACUCCGAAUCGCUAGCUAAGGCCAAAGUGCUGGCUUCGACUAUGCAGAGACAGAAGAAGGUACCUGGAGUGGUUGACUUUGUCCGAGCUGGAUCCAGAUUCGUCGUACUGGUUCCUCGAGAGAACGGCAAGUUCACGUUUGUACUUUCUUGCAUCAAAGGUCCAAAGCCAGCUCGACAAUCUGGGGAAGCUGCCGAACCCUUCGGACAGGAGGCACUCGACUUUGCUUAUCGACGUUGUAUGCAGCGGGAUGUGGAGAUCAACGUCGAGAACACCGACAAGCAGGGCGGUAUCAUUGGGACGAUGUACGUUGGUCGAGAGAAUUUUGCCAAGCUAUUGGUUGAAGAGGGUCUUGCUCAAGUACAUUCGUACUCUGCCGAGCAGAGUGAGCAUGGUCCUGAGCUCUUUGCGGCAGAAAAGAGGGCGAAAGAAGGCCGCAAAGGUCUGUGGAAAGACUGGGAUCCAUCUCAGGACGUCGAAACUGAAGACGCUGCCCCACUAAGUAAUGGUGGUACCAAUGGCACUAGCGAGCCAACGGCACGAAGAAAGGACUACCGCGAUGUCAUGGUUACCAAUGUCGACGCAGAAGGCAAAAUCAAGAUCCAGCAGAUUGGGUCGGGCACGUCUUCGUUAACGUCUCUGAUGAGUGCGUUCAAGAACUUCCACAUCAAUCCCUCGAACAAAAAAGCUCUGGAUGGACCUCCGAAAGUGGGCCAAGUCGUAGCAGCCAAAUUUACUGCAGACGGCGAAUGGUACCGAGCAAAAGUGCGGAGAGUGGAUCGAGAGAACAAGAAGGUGGACGUCACAUACAUUGACUACGGUAACUCAGAAAACCUACCCUGGAGCGAACUGAGACCAUUGGACCAACCGCAAUUUAGUCUUGACAAACUCAAGGCGCAGGCAAGCGAUGCUGUGCUCUCGUUUGCUCAAUUACCCGGCAAGGAUGAAUACCUCCAAGAUGCCAUCAGAUUCCUGUCCGAGGAAACGGAAGACCGAGCACUGGUCGCUAAUGUUGACGCCAUUGGCCAGGAUGGCGCCCUCAGUCUGACGCUCUUCCCGAAGGGCUCUCAGCGGGUUGAGGAGAGCUUGAACGCUGAGUUGAUCCGAGAGGGACUUGCGAUUGUGCCUAUCAAGCUCAAGGCUUGGGAGCGCCAGGCCAGCGAUGUGCUCGGGAACCUGAAGGCGCUCCAGGAAGAGGCCAAAGAUGGUCACAGGGGAAUGUGGGAAUACGGUGACAUCCUCGACGACUGA